GAUAAAGGUAUUUUGAUAAUAACUAUUUUUGACAACGUCUCCCUACUAAGUUAGAAAUAUGUGAUUAACGUUUAUAUUGGUAACCAUCUGUUUUUAUAAAUUUUAAAACGUAUCGUAAAGCAGUUACAAAUAAUACGUUGUUCUAGGUUGGUUUCCUGCGUUGACAGUGGAUUUCGUGUAUUUUCUUUUAUAAGUCAAUCAUAGUCAAGUAAAAUGUUCGAAAUGAAUGCUGCAGAACCGAUGCAAGUGGAUGUUCCAUUGGAAGACAACGAAAACAAUGAGACAGAAUGUUAUGUAGUUGAGAAUCCAACUUUGGAUCUAGAAACAUAUGCUGCAUCUUAUACUGGCUUUGCAAAGUUGUACAGAUUAAUGUUUGUAGCAGAUCAUUGCCCAUCACUUAGAUUAGAGGCUUUGAAAAUGGCUAUUUCAUAUGUUAUGACCACAUACAAUGUAAGUCUUUAUCAAACUCUACACAAAAAACUCUCUGAGGCCAUUGCGUCAGCUGGCUUACCAGACGUUGCUGUUCAGAUGGGCUCACAAGACAUACCUGUAUUAGACACUAUGUGGGUAGAAUCAAAAACCAAAAAAGCUGCUAUAAAGUUGGAGAAAUUAGACACUGACCUUAAGAAUUACAAAACAAAUUCUAUUAAGGAAAGUAUCCGGAGAGGACAUGAUGAUCUUGGAGAUCAUUACUUAGAUUGUGGAGAUCUUACCAGUGCACUUAAGUGUUAUUCAAGAGCCAGAGAUUAUUGUACAAGUGGUAAACACAUUAUUAUGAUGUGCCUCAAUGUAGUUAAAGUGUCAGUAUACUUGCACAACUGGGCUCAUGUUCUUAAUUACGUAUCAAAAGCAGUAGGCACACCAGAUUUUAAUGAAGUUCCAGGAAAAGAUUCUAAUCAGUCUAUUUUAACCCGAUUAAAAUGUGCAGCGGGCUUAGCAGAAUUAGCAACAAAAAAAUAUAAAUCUGCUGCUAAACACUUCCUUGCAGCAAGCAUCGACCACUGUGACUAUCCAGAACUGCUGAGCAGUAACAAUGUUGCAGUGUAUGGUGGACUAUGUGCCCUUGCCACAUUUGACCGGUCUGAAUUACAAAAGCAAGUCAUAGUUAGCAGUUCUUUUAAAUUAUUUUUAGAACUAGAACCUCAGUUACGUGACAUCAUUUUUAAAUUCUAUGAAUCUAAAUAUGCUUCAUGCUUAAGGCUACUCGACGAGAUUAAGGACAACCUCCUCUUAGAUAUGUAUUUAGCACCCCAUUUAAAUUCACUUUAUAUGCAAAUACGCAACAGAGCAUUAAUUCAAUACUUCAGCCCCUAUUUAUCAGCUGAUAUGCGUCUUAUGGCUGCUGCCUUCAACCGCACAGUUAAUGCUCUUGAAGACGAGUUAAUGCAAUUAAUACUUGAUGGACAAAUCCAAGCUCGUAUUGAUUCACAUAAUAAAAUAUUAUAUGCUAAAGAUGUAGAUCAGAGAAGCACUACUUUUGAAAGAAGCCUUGCGAUGGGAAAAGAGUACCAACGACGAACAUCUAUGUUGAUUCUACGAGCUGCUAUGCUUAAGAACCAGAUUCAUGUGAAGAAUGUGGGUCGUGAAACUGGUCCACAGAGUGGAGAAGCACCUGGCUCCAGUACCAGCCUCACUCCACGCAGCUUCGAUCCUGUGCCCUUGUGAUGAAUUACCUCAUAACAUAGUGAACAUUUUCCUCUCACAUGACCAUUUCAAAUGUGGAUAUCUUGAUUUACAGCAGAAAUACAUAAAAUAUAAAUUAUUAUAACAUUCUCACAAAGAACUCAAAUUCUUUAGAAUAUUAUGUGAAAAUGAAACUUUUUUUUUAAAUUACCCCUUUUUAUUGAGUCCGAUUAUAUCCACUUACAUUUUAUUUUCUAAGAGUAUGAAUUUAGUGGAUCUGCGUGAUUUCAGCAAUUUUGUCAUUACAAGCUGCUGAUAUUGUUUGAAGGAAAAUGUUUUAUCAGAGAUCACGGACACUGAACUGCUGGUACAAGCAUUAUUCACAUUGUUUAUACGGAAUUAUUCUAUGUAACCACAAAUAUUAUGUCUACGUAAUUUUUAAUAAUAUUAAAAGUAAAGCC